UUUAUUGCUUCUGCAGCAUAUUGAUAACAGAUGGCAAAUAUGUUUUCAAGUAAAAUGUAAACAAACAGUUUCAAAUUAUAAUCACUUCAGAAUUGUACAGACGCAACGAUCUUAAUUUGUGAAUUUUGCAUUUUGGUCAGUACCACAAUGGGAAAAGUUCUUCAUUAGCGUUAUUGUAUCAUAAUUAACAAAAUAGCAUCUAUUGAAAAAUCGUGUUUCUACUUCUUUAAAAGUCUUCAUUUACUUAAUGGUCUAAAGAGGAAAAUAAAAUACUUGCAGACAUGGUUGGCCGAGGCUAUCUUAAAAGUCGUAUUGCUCAAACAGCUAAUGAAGCACAAGCUAUGCAACCUACAGAAAUAUUAUUCUCUAAAGCUUCAUCUGUAACUCCAGUUGAGUCAAUGAUCCAAAAAGAAUCUGUUACUUCUCUAUUCCCUACACCGGUUUCUACUCCUUUGAAAUUUACAUCAAGUUGUGAUGUUCUUGUUCCAGUUCAGCAAUGUGCAGGAGCAGGAAGACGGGCUAUGUUUCAUAGAAAUUUUCCCAAUGGUUCAAAUCCUUUGUCAGAUUCACCAAAAUCUGAAGAUUUAAAGAAUUUAAGAUAUCAAGAGCAAUUAAUUAUGAAACCAAAUGGAUUGCUAGAAAAAAUACAGAAUCAAAAAUUAAUCUCACCACCAUCAUCACCAGAUAGUUCCAAAUCUAUCCAAGAAGCAGAAGAAAAAUCUCCAACAAUAAGAAGAGUUUUACAGUAUGAAGAUAAACCCUCUCAUAGUUUUAAAAUGACGGAACUAUCAUCAAAUUAUCUCAAAAUCUUUCUUGAAGAAAACAAAGGUAUUUAUGAAUAUAGGGUUGAUUAUGAUCCUCCAGUUGAUGCCAGGCAAGCCAGAUUUGCAUUACUUAAUCAGCACAAAGACUUAUUUCCUGUCAAGACUUUUGAUGGCACAGCUCUGUAUAUUCCUAGUCAACUACCUCAGGAUGAAACUAUCCUUAUUAGUAAAUUAGAUUCUGAAUUUAAAUUAACAAUAACAUUUAAACGUAAAACAUCAAUGCAUGAUUGUAUUCAUUUCUACAAUGUACUCCUUCGUCAAAUAAUGAAGGUUUUGGGCUUAGUCGAAUUUGGUAGAAGUAUGUAUGAUCCGGCUAAAAGAAUAUUAGUUCAAGAGUAUAAUUUGGAAGUAUGGCCAGGUUUUAUCACCUCAAUUGAUAAUUUUGAAGGUGGACUUUACUUAUGCUGUGAAGUUUCACACAGAGUUUUACAAACACAAUCUAUUCUAGUAAUAAUGACUGAAAUAAUGAAAUCAAAACAAGAAGAUUAUAAACAAAAAAUAAUGGCUGCGUUGUGUGGUUCUACAGUAAUAACACAUUACAACAGAAAAACUUAUAGAAUUGAUGAUAUUGAUUUUAGUAUGACACCAUUAUCAACUUUUGAAAAAAAUGGUGUACAGAUUUCAUAUGCAGAAUAUUAUAGAAUUUAUUACAAAAUUGAAAUUCAAUGUCUUACACAACCAAUGAUCAUUUCAAAAGCAAAAAAAAAAGAUUUAUUUAAGAACAGCAGUAUGGAAAAUGAUAGUAUUAGUUUAGUUCCAGAACUAUGUAACUUAACAGGUUUAACAGAAAAAAUGAAAACAGAUACAAGAUUAAUGAAGACUCUUCGAGAUUACACUUUAGUUAACCCAGAAAAACGACAAAAUGCUAUAAUGAACUUUGUGCAACGAAUUUAUGAACAUGAGGUUACAAGUAAAAAAUUAAAAGAUUGGGGUCUUAAUUUGAGUCAUGUUCCUGUGAAACUUGAAGGACCAGUGUAUAGAAAUGAAAAUAUUAUUUUUGGAAAUGAAGUUAAAACACCAGUUGAAAAAAAAAUGGAUUGGUGUCAAGAUAUUGCGAAAAAUGCAAUGUUUGCUGCUGUUAAUAUGAAAAAAUGGGCAAUUUUAUUCACUCAAAGAGAUGAACAACUUGUUAAUACAUUUUGUUGCUCAUUAAUAAAAUGUGGAAGACUACUAGGAAUGGACAUAGAUGUACCAGUUAAGUUUAAAGUGUACGGAAUUAAAGUGGAAUGUUUUGUUGCUACUGUUAAUCGGGUCAUCUCAAAUCAUUUUGAUUUGCAGUUUAUUGUUAUUUUAUUCCCAAACCAAAGAGAAGAUAGGUAUAAUGCUGUAAAAAAAAUUUGUUGUGCAGAUCUAGGACUUCCUUCUCAGGUUAUAGUUUCAAGAACAUUGUCGAAACCUGAUAAAUUGAGUUCUAUUACUCAAAAGAUAGCAUUACAAAUGAAUUGUAAACUCGGAGGAUCAUGUUGGGCCAUUGAAAUUCCAUUAACAUUAACCAUGAUAGUAGGUAUAGAUGUAUACCAUGAAAAGGGAAAACAAGUAAGUAGUGUUGUUGGAUUUAUUGCGUCUCUUGACAAACAUUUUACUCAGUGGACUUCUGUUGCUACAAUGCAAAAAUGUACUCAUCAAGAACUUGUCAAGCCAAUUCAAGAUUCAUUUCGUAAAGUUUUACAAAGAUGGAAGAUGAAAAAUGGAGUAUUUCCAGAGAAAAUUAUAAUAUACAGGGAUGGUGUUGGAGAUGGAGAUAUCAAGAAAGUUGAAGAAUUGGAAUUACAGGACUUAGAAAAUUUUUUUAAGAGUUUUACAGAACACUAUAUUCCAAAAAUAACUUAUAUAAUUGUUCAAAAACGUAUCAAUACACGAGUAUUACAAUAUAUAUCUGACAAGAAUUAUUCCAAUCCUGCUGCAGGAACAGUCAUUGAUAAUACUGUAACUCGAAGAAAUUAUUUUGAUUUUUUUUUGGUAUCUCAAUAUACACGACAGGGUACAGUAAAUCCAACACAUUAUAUAGUAUUGAAAAAUGGUUGUAACCUUAGUACAGAAAAUGUACAAAGGCUGUCGUACAAACUCUGUCAUUUGUACUACAAUUGGUGUGGUACUAUUAAAGUUCCAGCUCCUGUUCAGUAUGCUCACAAGUUAGCAUUCCUUAUUGGACAAAAUGUGAGACAAAUGCCACAUGAAAAAUUAAACAACACUCUAUUUUACCUUUAACUUACAAAAUCCUAUUAAUUUUAGAAUAACAAAAUUUGGUUUUAUAUUUUGUUUAUACUAAAAUUUUAUCAUAAACUUAAUAAAUCAUCAAUUUAUGUAUUUCUUUAUAAAUUUAUUUUAUAGUUCAUUUUAAUGUUGACUUACUUUUUUUUUUAAUCAAAAAUGUAAUGAAAUUUUUUUAUAGUAUCAUUAAAACUGUUGACAAAUAAGUUUUUAUAAAUUUAUACUUAAUUAUUUAAGAUAAAAUCUAUAUGUUUAUAUAUUAUAUUUUUAUAUUAUUAUUUGUAUGUCAUUUUAUAAUCAAAUGAAUUAUUAGUAAAAAAGAGAUGUAUUUUAUUCAAUAAUGCCUAUUUUAGUUAUAUUUGAUGGGUCUUAGGAGCCCAUCGAUUAUGAUAAUUUUAAUAAUAUAGCUAUUUUCUACUAAUCGCCAUGUUAUGCUACAAAUGCAUGCUAAAUUAUUUUGGAUGUUAUAAUAAUAUUGCUAAAAAUAUUUGUUUUGAAUUUAUUAUUUUAUAUCAAUAAAUAUAUUGUAAGAUUAUUGUUUAAAAAUUUUAUUUUUAUUUCAAUGUUUUAAAGCAUGAUUUUUUAUUUAUUA